UUUUUCGUUUUAUUUUUUUUUUGGCUGUUGAUCUGCCCCGCCGGUGUUGUUUGUCAUUCUAGCUUCACAGAGUCACACAAGUGACAUAACUCGUGACCAACAACAGUGUACAUCAAUCAAGCUCUAGAACCAUCGUCAAAUCAUCGUGCCGUUGUACUACGCUAGCUACAGCUACUAUACAUGGUAUAGUCUCGUAUUGGAUUCAAAAUAGCGAAUUGCCUCAACCGGAUUGAGUCACGCAAAUCAUAUCACUCAACGUCAGCGAUGGGCAAAGAGACUCCCCUUGUGUCAUCUCGACGUCUCUCCAACGCCGAAGGCGAUCCUGUCGCUGUUGUCCGCGUUCGAAAUCUCCAAACGACUAUCCAAGGACCCAAAGAUGCCUGGGGUCGAGGUUCUAAGCAGCAGCCUCUUCUGAUAUCCGCCGAGGUGUCACUGACGCAUGCGUUCCCCUCAUCGUCGUCAGACGACAAGGUCGCUUCCGAUACCGUUCACUAUGGGCUCCUUAGCAAAUCUAUCCUCAGCACACUGGAGAAGUUGCCCAGGUCAGCUUUGUCGUUGAGCGAUGUGCUCAACAGGCUCUGGGUUGACCUUACUGGUUUCCAGUACACUGGCGUGAAGGAGCCUUCCGCACAAAACAGAAAGGCUUUCCUCGAUAUGAGCCUUAUCCGAAGGCUUUCAGUCUCGCUCGUUCUGCCCAAGGCCUCGUUGAUGGGAAGUGCAAUCCGACUCUCGGGAUCGUGUCUCUUCGCCGACUCAGCCAUCACCGCGCGAAGUCUGGAGCUGGGUCUGGAAGGGAUCAGAGUGCCAACACUCAUCGGUGUCAACAGCAAUGAGCGAAACGCUAAGCAAGUCGUCAUCACAAACAUCCGCAUCGAUGAAUACCAAACCGCACACGAUGACUAUGCUGUAAUUGAGAGUACCAUUGUUGAUGCCAUGUCAGAAUCGUCAUUUGAAACUCUGGAGGCUUUGGCAGCAAGUCUGGCUUUCCAUAUUGCCCGGGAACUCAGGACCAAGCGUGACGAUUUCUACGGACAAAUCAUUCGCAUUGGACUCGAGAAGCCAACAGCCGUGCCUCUGGCCGAGGCUGCCUGUGUUGAGCUCACGGUCAGAACCGAAGAUGUCAAGAUCGAGGUCUCUAAGACGAAAGAUGUUAGGUUUGAUGAUACUAGAAACCAGAUUGCGCACUCGAAUGACAGGAAGUCGUAGUGCACUUGGGCUUAGGUAGAAGUGUGAUACGGGGAGUAAAAAGUCGGUCGCAUGUGCCUAUAUGGCUUCUUGGAUGUAUUAUUCCUUUUUCAACUGCUCAAGUUCGCUUUCGACAGCCUGCAUAUUCUGUACAUGACGCAGUAGGUAGUAUUGAUCAACGUAUAUGGCGUUAUCAACACCAAUGCUUCAGCAUAUCCAGCUUACUCCAACAAAGACGAACCGCCGUAAGUGAUACCUGUUUAGUAACUCUCAACACUCACUUGUGAACCCCCAUUCCUGCCCGCGGAACGUCUCCCUUCGUGACCUUCCGUACAAAGUCGGGAUCGGGGUUGAAGAGCAUGACGUGAAAGUGCUGCACGGUAUUGACUGAUUGCAAAGAAUGCCAGUUCCUAAACCAAAGAACCUAUGCACAUGAGCCUCACAAAUGAAUCACCUGUAGUGACAGGAAAGACUCACAUUC